AUGUCACCAUCUGACGAACCAUUUACGAUUAGAACACCAGCUACAGCGCCAACGCAGUUUACCAGAGCUGAUUCCACAGCUACACCCAUAACCACACCUCCAAGCACACCUUCAAGCACACCUUCAAGCACACCUUGGAGCACACCUUUAAGCACACCCUUUACCACACCUAUAACCACACCCAAAACCUCACCAACAAGUUUAUUUAUCAUUUGUGUUAAAUAUAAGCAGUGGAAAAUCACCGUUCCGGAAGGAAACUAUGUCGAGAUGACUAUCAAGAAUAUAAAUCUUCGACCAUGGGCGUGUUUGUUCGAGACAUACAUUAUGGUCAGAGACGGGCAUUCUUUGUCAGACAAUGUCCUCAGGAUUCUUUGUGAAGCAAGCACUUCAUCUCACCGCAUAACGUCUAGUGGCAACAAAAUGAUUGUGGAGAGAUAUGGAACAUUGGGAACUAGUGAAGGUGCGGGGUUUGAAGCCAGCUUUAAGGCAAAACCUUUAAAAACUGGAGAUUCUCCUAGCUUUGGAGUGGCUGAGGAAACGGUGGCUUUGCUAGAGCAUUGUUCUCAAAGCUUGCUCUGCCAAGCGGGCGGUGCACCUGCUCCUAGAAUCACGUGGUCGAAAAAUGGAGAAGUUUUACAAAAUAGCACAAGUGUAACUUAUACACCGAGAUGGCAUUCGAAAUCAGGAAAUUACACCUGCAGAGCAAGUAAUUUUAACGGCUCGGAUACGAAAACUAUUCUAGUUCACACCGAGAAAUGCUCUCGUUUUUGCAGGUGUUACAAACUGAAUUCACAUCCAUUCUGGCUUGGAGUUUCAUGUUGGGCUUCCUACGAAGGAACAGUUCCGAGGGACAUUCCUCUCGCUACAAGAUAUUUGUUGUUUUUUGCUGAUACCUCUUUGUGGCAUAUUUCUCCAAAGUCAUUUGAAAACUUAAGUGACCUGCAGUACUUAUGGAUUGAAGGUGAGUUUCAUCCGUGGAAUUUGACGAGAAAUGCGUUCGGAGGACUUAAGCAACUCAAGUACUUGAAAAUUAGUAAUCAUUAUUCGUUGGAUAUCGAAGAAGGAACUUUUAAUGAUCUGACAUCUUUAGAAUCUCUGGACCUAAGAGGGAAUCGGAUUAGUAGGAUAGCGGAGGGCACGUUUGAGAAAUUAUUCUCCCUAGAGGAACUCUAUAUUUCCAUCAAUGAGUUAAGUAAACUUCCACCGAAUAUUUUUCAAGACCUGUCGGAGCUGCGAGUUUUAGAUAUCUCCUACAACAAAAUCUCCAGGCUGUCUAAACCCAUCUUCGACAAGUUGCAAAGCCUAGAAACGCUUGUUCUUUCUCACAACGAAAUUGUCGAGAUACCUGCCAACGUCUUCAGCAGAUUGAAUAGUUUGAAAACUCUACGUCUACAAAACAAUUUUCUAUAUCGUAUGCCUCCAGAAACGUUCAGCUAUCUUAAAAGUCUACGGAACUUGAAAAUGGAUAGUUUCUCCCUGUGUUGCUACGCUUCUCUUCACCUUGAGAAAGUAAGCUGUGAGUAUCCAAAGCUGGAGGGUAACGCCUUGUCGAGCUGUAAUCGCAUGAUCGAUGCCUCUGGUCCUAGAAGGAGUAUCUGGUUGCUGGGUAUCCUGGCUGUCGUUGGUAACCUGGCAGUGAUUGCAUGGCGUCUCAUCAGGCGUGACGACCAUCCAGUUCAAACCUGCCUUCUGACCAAUCUGGCUGUGGCUGAUUUCCUUAUGGGAGUGUAUCUCAUGAUAAUAGCUAUUAAGGACCAGAUAUGGGCAGGUACUUACUUCAGUUUCGAUCUGAUCUGGCGGUCAGGAGUCCAAUGUAAAGUGGCCGGCGCCCUAUCGGUUCUUUCAAGUGAGGUCUCGGUACUCAUGCUCACUGUGAUAACCGCUGACCGUCUGCUAAGUAUCGUUUUUGCCUUCAGAUGCUCACGUCUGACAUUAAGAGGAACUUACAUUAUUUGUACCGUGGUGUGGCUUUGCGGAACUGCAAUUGCUGUGGUACCAGCUCUUGAUACUCCGUACUUUUUCAACGAGGAAAGAAGAUAUGGGUUCUAUGGUCGUUCCUCGGUAUGUCUACCUCUUCAGUUGUCUUCAGAAAGACUGGCAGGCUGGGAAUAUUCUGUUGGCCUUUUUAUUGGUUUGAAUCUCGCAGCUUUCCUCUUCAUCAUGUUGGCGUACAUAUCUAUUAUCGUGAAAGUGUCCAAGUCACAGAGAAGAGUCAAGGCUCACGGUGAAGCUGAAGUGAGCUUGAACAUCAUCAAAAGAGAGUCCGCGUUGGCAAGGAGGGUUUUGGCAAUCAUCUUAACAGACUUUAGCUGCUGGAUUCCUGUAAUAAUUCUGAGUAUUCUUGCUCUAACGGGCAAAUUUCACGAUGAACAAGGUGUGGCGUAUGUAUGGUUUGCGGUAUUUGUCCUGCCGGUAAAUUCCUCUGUAAAUCCUGUACUCUACACUUUCUCGACUCCAAAGGUAAGGACAGUCCUUGUAGGCUGGUUUUAUUGCCUUGUGACUCGCUGUAAAUGGUUCAGCUGCAAGAAAAGAUCUGAUGGAAUUGCUAUAUCUGAUGGAGACGGAACACAACUCGACACUGCGCGUUACAACAGUAUCUCUUUAGAAGUCAUAUCCAGCUAUCCUCCCAGCAACAACUGACCUCCUUUGGCGAUCCUUAAUACAGAAACGUGGAGAUAUUUAUAUGGGCUGAUGUGGAACGAUGAAGCCUUGUACAUCCAUUUUUAAGAAGCACUCUCAAUCGAAAAGGGCAGUGUUGCCUGCUGCCU